GGAGCGAGGGAGCCCGGGAGCGAGAGGACUGGAGCGGCGCGGGGAGGGCGCGCAGCUUGGUUGCUCCGUAGUACGGCGGCUCGCGAGGGAGCAUCCCGAGCGGGCUCCGGGACGCCCGGGAGCGGGCGGGCGGGGAUGGUGUGCGCGGCUGCGGACCCUGCGUCCCUCCGCGCGGCGUGCGGGCUGCACUGAUUUGUGCGAGCGGCGGCCGCGCGCACCCGCCCGGAGAUGAGGCGUCGAUUAGCAAGGUAAACGGAACAGAACCAUGGCUCAGUUUCCGACAACUUUUGGUGGUAGCCUGGACAUCUGGGCCAUAACUGUGGAGGAAAGAGCAAAGCAUGACCAACAGUUCCAUAGUCUGAAGCCGACAUCCGGAUUUAUCACUGGUGAUCAAGCAAGGAACUUCUUUUUUCAAUCUGGGUUACCUCAGCCUGUAUUAGCACAAAUAUGGGCGCUGGCUGACAUGAAUAACGACGGAAGGAUGGAUCAAGUGGAGUUCUCCAUCGCCAUGAAGCUCAUCAAGCUGAAGCUACAAGGGUACCAGCUCCCCUCCGCGCUUCCCCCCGUCAUGAAACAGCAGCCCGUUGCUAUCUCUAGCGCACCAGCAUUUGGUAUAGGAGGAAUUGCUAGCAUGCCACCACUUACAGCUGUUGCCCCAGUGCCGAUGGCCUCCAUCCCAGUUGUCGGAAUGUCUCCACCCUUAGUAUCUUCUGUUCCUCCAGCAGCGGGGCCUCCCCUGGCCAACGGGACGCCUCCCGUCCUCCAGCCUCUGCCUGCGUUUGCUCCCGCUGCAGCCACAUUGCCAAAGAGUUCUUCCUUCAGCAGAUCUGGUCCAGGGUCACAAUUAAACACUAAAUUACAGAAGGCACAAUCAUUUGAUGUAGCCAGCGCCCCUCCAGCAGCAGAAUGGGCGGUGCCUCAGUCGUCCAGACUGAAAUACAGGCAGUUGUUCAAUAGCCAUGACAAAACUAUGAGCGGACACUUAACAGGUCCCCAGGCAAGAACUAUUCUUAUGCAAUCAAGUUUACCCCAGGCUCAGCUGGCUUCAAUAUGGAAUCUUUCUGACAUUGAUCAAGAUGGAAAACUCACAGCGGAAGAGUUUAUCCUGGCUAUGCACCUAAUCGAUGUUGCCAUGUCUGGUCAGCCACUGCCGCCUGUCCUGCCUCCAGAGUGCAUCCCUCCGUCCUUCAGAAGGGUGCGAUCCGGCAGUGGGAUGUCCAUCAUAAGCUCUUCGUCUGUGGAUCAGAGGCUGCCUGAGGAGCCGGCAUCAGAGGAUGAGCAGCAGUUAGAGAAGAAGCUGCCUGUAACAUUUGAAGAUAAGAAGCGGGAGAAUUUUGAACGUGGCAACCUGGAGCUGGAGAAACGCAGGCAAGCCCUCUUGGAGCAGCAGCGCAAAGAGCAGGAGCGCUUGGCUCAGCUGGAGCGCGCGGAGCAGGAGCGGAAAGAGCGGGAGCGCCAGGAGCAGGAGCGCAAAAGGCAGCUGGAGCUGGAGAAGCAGCUGGAGAAGCAGCGGGAGCUGGAGCGGCAGAGGGAGGAGGACAGGAGGAAGGAGAUCGAGAGGCGAGAGGCUGCAAAACGGGAACUUGAACGGCAGCGGCAACUUGAAUGGGAACGGAACCGGAGACAAGAGCUCCUGAGCCAGAGGAACAGAGAACAGGAGGGCAUUGUCGUCCUGAAGGCCAGGAGGAAGACCCUGGAGUUUGAACUAGAAGCCCUGAAUGACAAGAAGCACCAGCUAGAAGGGAAACUUCAAGACAUCAGAUGUCGCCUGACAACCCAAAGGCAGGAAAUUGAGAGCACAAACAAGUCUAGAGAGCUGAGAAUCGCCGAAAUCACCCACUUACAGCAGCAGUUACAGGAAUCUCAGCAAAUGCUUGGAAGACUUAUUCCAGAAAAACAGAUACUCAAUGACCAAUUAAAACAAGUCCAGCAGAACAGUUUGCAUAGAGAUUCGCUUCUUACCCUCAAAAGAGCCUUGGAAGCCAAAGAGCUGACCCGGCAGCAGCUUCGAGAGCAGCUGGACGAGGUGGAAAGAGAGACCAGGUCAAAGCUACAGGAGAUCGACGUCUUCAACAACCAACUGAAGGAGCUAAGAGACACACACAGCAAGCAGCAGCUGCAGAAGCACAAGUCCAUCGAGGCAGAGCGGCUGAGACAGAAAGAGCAGGAGCGGAAGAGCCUGGAGUUAGAGAAGCAGAAGGAAGAGGCUCAGAGACGAGUUCAGGAAAGGGACAAACAGUGGCCAGAGCAUGCGCCACAGGAGGAGCAUGCGAGGCCCCGGAAGCCCCACGAGGAGGACAAGCUGAAAAGAGAGGACAGCGUCAGAAAGAAGGAGAGCGAAGAGAGGGCCAAGCCGGACGUGCAGGACAAGCUGGGUCGGCUUUUCCAGCCACACCAAGACCCAGCGAAGCCAGCUGUCCAGGCACCCUGGUCUGCCACAGAGAAAGGUCCGCUUACAAUCUCUGCCCAGGAGAAUGUAAAAGUGGUGUAUUACCGGGCGUUGUAUCCCUUUGAAUCCAGAAGUCACGAUGAAAUCACCAUCCAGCCAGGAGAUGUCGUCAUGGUUAAAAGGGAAAGGGUGGAUGAAAGCCACACUGGAGAGCCAGGAUGGCUUGGCGGGGAGUUAAAAGGGAAGACGGGAUGGUUCCCUGCAAACUAUGCAGAGAAGAUUCCAGAGGAUGAGGUUCCCACUCCAGCCAAACCAGUGACCGGCCUCACAUCUGCCCCUGCCCCCAAACCGGCUCUGCGUGAGACCCCUGCUCCCCUGCCAGGGACCUCUUCCGAGCCCUCUACAACCCCCAACAACUGGGCAGACUUCAGUUCCACGUGGCCCGCCAGCACGAGUGAGAAACCAGAAGCGGAUACCUGGGAUGCCUGGGCAGCUCAGCCUUCUCUCACAGUACCCGGCGCUGGCCAGUUAAGGCAGAGAUCCGCCUUUACACCAGCCACAGUCACCGGCUCCUCCCCAUCUCCCGUCCUGGGCCAGGGUGAAAAGGUAGAAGGCCUACAAGCACAAGCCCUGUACCCCUGGAGAGCCAAGAAAGACAACCACUUAAACUUCAACAAAAACGACGUCAUCACCGUUCUGGAACAGCAAGACAUGUGGUGGUUUGGAGAAGUUCAAGGUCACAAGGGCUGGUUCCCCAAGUCUUACGUGAAACUCAUUUCAGGGCCCGUCAGGAAAGCUACAAGCAUCGAUACAGGCCCUACUGAAAGUCCUGCUAGCCUAAAGAGAGUGGCUUCCCCGGCAGCCAAGCCAGCCGUUCCUGGAGAAGAGUUUAUUGCCAUGUACACUUACGAGAGUUCUGAGCAAGGAGAUCUAACCUUUCAGCAAGGGGAUCUGAUUUUGGUUACCAAGAAAGAUGGUGACUGGUGGACGGGCACGGUGGGCGACAAGUCCGGAGUCUUCCCUUCUAACUAUGUGAGGCUUAAAGAUGCAGAGGGCUCUGGAACUGCUGGGAAAACAGGGAGUUUAGGAAAAAAGCCUGAAAUUGCCCAGGUUAUUGCUUCCUACACGGCCACUGGUCCUGAACAACUCACCCUGGCUCCUGGUCAGCUGAUUUUGAUCCGAAAAAAGAACCCAGGUGGAUGGUGGGAAGGAGAACUGCAAGCUCGAGGGAAAAAGCGCCAGAUAGGCUGGUUCCCAGCAAAUUAUGUCAAGCUUCUAAGCCCUGGAACAAGCAAAAUCACCCCAACCGAGCUCCCUAAGUCGUCAGCGCUGCCGGCAGUGUGCCAGGUGAUCGGGAUGUACGACUACACCGCACAGAACAGUGACGAGCUGGCCUUCAGCAAGGGCCAGGUCAUCAACGUCCUCAACAAGGAGGACCCCGACUGGUGGAAAGGAGAGGUCAGCGGGCAAGUCGGACUCUUCCCAUCCAACUAUGUGAAGCUGACCACGGACACGGACCCAAGCCAGCAAUGGUGCUCAGACUUACACCUCUUAGAUAUGUUGACCCCGACCGAGAGGAAGCGGCAAGGCUACAUCCACGAGCUCAUUGUCACGGAGGAGAACUACGUUAACGACUUGCAGCUGGUCACAGAGAUCUUUCAGAAACCCCUGAUGGAGUCUGAGCUGCUGGCAGAGAAAGAGGUGGCUAUGAUUUUUGUUAACUGGAAGGAGCUGAUUAUGUGUAACAUCAAACUGCUGAAAGCGCUGAGAGUCCGUAAGAAGAUGUCCGGAGAGAAGAUGCCAGUGAAGAUGAUCGGCGACAUCCUGAGCGCCCAGCUGCCACACAUGCAGCCCUACAUCCGUUUCUGCAGCUGCCAGCUCAAUGGGGCUGCCCUCAUCCAGCAGAAGACCGACGAGGCCCCGGACUUCAAGGAGUUCGUCAAAAGACUGGCAAUGGACCCUCGGUGCAAGGGGAUGCCCCUGUCCAGCUUCAUCCUGAAGCCAAUGCAGCGUGUCACGAGAUACCCGCUGAUCAUCAAAAACAUCCUAGAAAACACCCCGGAAAACCACCCUGACCACAGCCACUUGAAGCACGCCCUGGAAAAGGCCGAAGAGCUGUGCUCCCAGGUGAACGAGGGGGUGAGAGAGAAGGAGAACUCGGACCGUCUGGAGUGGAUCCAAGCCCACGUGCAGUGUGAAGGCCUUUCUGAGCAACUGGUGUUCAACUCGGUGACCAACUGCUUGGGGCCGCGCAAGUUUCUGCACAGCGGGAAGCUCUACAAGGCCAAGAGCAACAAGGAGCUGUACGGCUUCCUCUUCAACGACUUCCUCCUGCUGACCCAGAUCACAAAGCCCUUAGGCUCUUCCGGCACCGACAAAGUCUUCAGCCCCAAAUCGAACCUGCAGUAUAAAAUGUACAAAACGCCUAUUUUCUUAAACGAGGUUCUAGUAAAACUGCCCACCGACCCAUCUGGAGAUGAGCCCAUCUUCCACAUUUCCCACAUCGACCGCGUCUACACCCUCCGAGCAGAGAGCAUCAACGAAAGGACUGCCUGGGUGCAGAAAAUCAAAGCUGCCUCUGAACUGUACAUAGAGACCGAGAAAAAGAAGCGCGAGAAGGCGUACCUGGUCCGUUCCCAGCGGGCAACCGGCAUUGGAAGGUUGAUGGUGAACGUUGUAGAAGGCAUCGAAUUGAAGCCCUGUCGGUCACAUGGGAAGAGCAACCCGUACUGUGAGGUGACCAUGGGCUCUCAAUGUCACAUCACCAAGACAAUCCAGGACACAUUGAACCCCAAGUGGAAUUCCAACUGCCAGUUCUUCAUCCGAGACCUGGAGCAGGAAGUUCUCUGCAUCACCGUGUUCGAGAGGGACCAGUUCUCACCCGAUGAUUUCUUGGGUCGGACAGAGAUCCGAGUGGCUGACAUCAAGAAAGACCAGGGCUCCAAGGGUCCAGUUACCAAGUGUCUCCUGCUGCACGAGGUCCCCACGGGGGAGAUUGUGGUCCGCCUUGACCUGCAGUUGUUUGAUGAGCCGUAGCAGCCCUGGGAUGACCCUGGAGGACUUCCUCUCAAAGGCCCAUGUGCUGUCUGCUGAUCAGCCAUGAGGCAACGGGGACAACAGAGCCAAAAGUCCCUCAAGGCUACUAGGAGUAGUUCUCGACAAUCCUGCCCUUCAAACCAUGUCCUGUUUUAUGAAUCCAAACUCUCUUUUCCUUUGUCCUCAUCACAGGUCUCACCAUGGCUUCCAGAGUCUCUGAGAUCCACAGCCUUCAACUCGGUUCCCUUGGGAGCCUGAAUUCUUCCCCUGGAUGGAGGUGUGGGACUGGUUACUACAAAACAGAUUUAUAAAUGCAGUGGCUGUAUUUUA